AUGCUCUCGCGAAGAGGCACUUGCAGCGCAGGUGGAUGGGCGCCGCUGAGAGCAGGUAGUCCGGCAGAUGGCCCAAACUGCACGUACAUUGGCCGACGCGACUGGCACGGUGCUCUCUUGGUUGGCUCGUGCGCGCGCAAUGUGCGCCCCGCGCUUGAGCAGCACCAGCGAGCAUGGGUCACCUCGCUGCUAGAUCGCACGGCUGGCAGCCUGCUGAUUUUUGAGGACGAGCAGCGCGCGGGCGACCCAGACGGCACGCGCGCAGCGUUGCGAGGGUGGGCGGCAGCUGAUGACCGCGUGCGGCUGCUUCUUGCGCAGCCGCUCCUGUACCCGCAAUGGUCGCGCACCCAGCGGCUGGCGCUCUGCCGCAACCAGCUGGUACGUGAGGCAGCCGCCUCGCUGUCUGCCCACGGCACUUUCCUGUCACUCGACCUCGAUUGCCAUGCACCACCCGUGGACCAACUCGUUCGCGUGAUAGCGUCGAUGGCCACGCAGCCGUGGGAUGUGCUGACGGUAAACACACGGGCACCCACCCUUUACUACGACCGGUGGGCGUUGCGUUCGAAUACCCUCGGCCUCAACUACGAUUGCUGGUUCAAUUCGACGCAGCGCAAGAUGCACGGCAGCUGUCCAGAGUAUGCGAUCACCAUAGACCCGGCUGCGCCCACGCUUGCCGUCGAUUCCGCAUUCAAUGGCCUGGGCCUCUACCGCGCCGCCGCCUUGCGCAGCGGAGCCGACUGCCGCUAUCGCGGGACGAAGAACUCGUACAUGUGCGAGCACGUACCGUAUCACCUGUGCCUGCGGAAGCACCGCUUGGCCAUCGGUGUGCUGCCCUCACUCGCUACUGCCUGCGGCGCGCCAAUCCUCUCACGUCGGCGCCGGCACAUUCACUACCUGGCAAAUGGCAGUGUACAGAUGGAGGCCUACGCUGCUUCGAUAGACCCCUCGGGCAAGUCGAAGAAGUCGAUGAAGCACCAUAAGCCUCGUCCUCGAGAAGCGCAACGCCACCCUACUGGCCAUCGCCCAUCCCCUUGA